GAAGUGAGGUCACGCAGUAUGGCGGCUGGGAGCCGAAGCGGCUGAGGGGACGGUCUUGCGCGGAAUCCGCGUCCAUCCUUCCCGGGAGCUGCGGCGACGGUGCUGCCUGUCUCGCUAGUAUCGAGCGGCUGGACCAAAGCCGCGAUGGCAUCAGGAACCGCAGGGCUGUGAGGCAGCGGAGCUCGAGCCGGCAGGGCGGGCAGAGCAGCAGGACCGGGUCGCGGACGAACGGAGCUGCCUCCAUGGAGCUGAGGGUUGGGAACCGGUACCGGCUGGGCCGGAAGAUCGGGAGCGGCUCCUUCGGGGACAUCUACCUGGGAACUGAUAUCGCUGCCGGAGAGGAGGUUGCAAUUAAGUUGGAAUGUGUGAAAACCAAACAUCCUCAGCUCCACAUCGAGAGCAAAAUCUACAAAAUGAUGCAGGGUGGAGUGGGUAUUCCCACAAUUAAGUGGUGUGGAGCUGAAGGGGACUACAACGUAAUGGUGAUGGAGCUGUUGGGACCGAGUCUUGAAGAUCUCUUCAAUUUUUGUUCAAGGAAAUUUAGUCUCAAGACAGUCCUAUUACUUGCUGACCAAAUGAUUAGUCGAAUUGAAUAUAUUCACUCUAAGAACUUCAUCCACCGAGACGUGAAGCCAGAUAACUUCUUAAUGGGCCUGGGGAAGAAAGGCAAUCUUGUCUACAUAAUAGACUUUGGAUUAGCAAAGAAGUAUCGAGAUGCUCGAACUCACCAACAUAUUCCAUAUCGUGAAAAUAAAAACUUAACAGGAACUGCCCGUUAUGCAUCCAUCAACACUCAUCUCGGAAUUGAGCAAUCUCGCAGAGAUGACUUGGAGUCCUUGGGCUAUGUACUGAUGUAUUUUAACCUGGGCUCCCUCCCCUGGCAGGGACUGAAAGCAGCAACAAAGAGGCAGAAAUACGAACGUAUCAGUGAAAAGAAAAUGUCUACACCCAUUGAGGUUUUAUGUAAAGGAUAUCCUUCUGAAUUUGCCACAUACUUGAAUUUCUGCCGUUCUUUGCGUUUUGAUGACAAACCAGACUAUUCCUAUCUGAGGCAAUUAUUCAGAAACCUCUUCCACCGACAAGGGUUCUCCUAUGACUAUGUGUUUGACUGGAACAUGCUGAAAUUUGGUGCAAGCAGAGCAGCUGAAGAUGCUGAACGUGAAAGACGAGAAAGAGAGGAAAGAUUGAGACAUACACGAAAUCCAGCUGUGCGUGGAUUACCCUCCACUGCUUCUGGCAGGCUGAGAGGAACACAAGAUGUAGCUCCUCCUACUCCUCUUACCCCAACUUCACAUGCUGCCAACACCUCUCCUCGGCCAGUAUCUGGUAUGGAACGAGAAAGGAAAGUGAGUAUGAGAUUGCAUCGCGGCGCCCCAGUCAAUAUCUCGUCGUCUGACUUAACAGGCCGGCAAGAUACCUCUCGCAUGUCAACUUCGCAGAAUAGCAUUCCUUUCGAACACCAUGGCAAGUAGCUGCUCGUCUCCUUUCGUUGGAAGGCAGCACUGGGUGAGUGCUUCUCAUUAGACACCAAAACUUUGGACGGGGUGGGGAAAAAAAUCUUUGGAAACAUCCAACUUUGCUUCUUCUCCUCACAUUAUCUCAUAGUUGUACCUGUGCCUUCCGGUCAGAUGCUUGAUGAAGCAUUGUUUUUUCUCUAACUUAAAAGUAAAUGUCCUUCCAAAAGUUGAAUUAUUGCUGCUGUUCCACUUGGACUCUUAAGCAGAAUUGACAAAAAUAGUGACUUUAAAAGUCCCUAAAAUCAUUCAAGCAUCAACAAUAAAAUAAAAUAACCAAGUCUAAAUUUUAGGUGUUUGAGAAUUACAUGUUUUUCCAGGGAUGUUUAUGCAGCAGUGGGUCAUCCAUUCAAAACCACAUCUGCUUCAGAAUCAUAAAAGCAAAAUACUUGUAUGAAGACUCAAUUGACUAUAUUACUCAAAUGAGGCUCUGUCUUGUCAUGAAUGGAAUGUCCUACUACAGCCAUAUCCAUUUGUCACUAUUGGUUUAUAUUCUUCUCCAUUCCUUAUGAGCUGUUAUUUUAAAAAUACUCAGAUCUAUUCAGAUCUAUAUUUAAAAAAUGUUUACAUUCUAAUGAGAAUAGCUUGAACACGAGCAUCUCGGAGGUAGACAGACUUGGAUUUGGGUAUUUAGAACUCCUUUCCACUGUUCAGUGCAGUAGAAGUUUCUGCCUUUCUGUGUGCAGCUUUUGGCUUUUUAGUCUGUUCUGCUUUUGGCAAUAACAGGUUUCAUCAGGGAAAUAACAAGUUUCAGUUGGAAUCUGAACCUUGAUGGCUGAAGGAUGCUUCCUUAAGUAUUUCAGGAGCUUCUUUGCUUUGCUUCUUAUUAAAAAAAGGCUGUGAGAUUUUUCUGUUCCUUAAUAAAUUCUGUUGUAUAACUCCGUCUGCUGCCUCACUUUCUCUAUAAAGCCUAAGCUUGCACUAAUCCUGUAUCUCUAGUUGGUGAAGACUCCUGCUAUUUCUCUUCCUUUUUCUCCUCCUGCUUUGUGUGCUUGGCUGACUGUGCACAAGCUGCUUCAUAGACCACAUUAAAAAGAUCCAACUGUAAAUGGCACCUUAACACUUUAAAGGCCAGUUAUCAGACCUUAGUCAAAAAUAAAAAAAAUUUUAAAAAUUUUAAAAGGCAAACCUAAAGCUUUGCAUUGGAAAGCUCAUGUGCGGGAGACAUGCAGAUUCUGGUCUGCUCAGGGUUGUGUGUGCAUUGGUUGGCCAUUACUGUAUGCCUUACUAUUUGUAGCUGUUUACAACUGAAGUUAAUACUGAAUACUGAUUCACCUACUUAGACAUUUCUCGCUUCUUAAAUUGCAGUGAUGUGUGGUUGUUUUUCACUUUCACAGGGAAAGUGUUAUUGAAAUAAUGUUACACUGUUACUGAAAUAGGUCAAGCUAUGGAAAUUAAUGAAGUGUCUUUUAACACAAUGUCCCAUGAAAAAUGAAAAGCCAUUGAAAAUAAUUAAUUGUUUUUUACUCUCUUACUGGGAUUUUUUUUUCUUCCCCCAAACUUAAUUAUUCAUUGAGUCUAUUUCUACACAUUGGUAGUGUUUUCAUCUGGUUUGUUCUUUCUUCUGUGCAUGUUUAUGCUCUGUUUACUUUUCUUCAAAACAUCCCCUCUGGCUGGAAAGGUGAAUUUUCCAUGUUAACUUCUAAUAAAGGAGGAAAAUACAGGGAACUUCGUGUAGCUACAGGUGGGUGCGAAACAUUGUGUAGCUCAUUGGAUUUUAAAUUCACACACUUACUUUCGGCAACGAAUUAUUUAAAAGUGCAUUGAGAGCCACUUGUAUGUUAACUGGAAGAGUAUGUGCUGAUGUUGUCUUGUUUUUUGGCUUUGGUAGAUUCCUGCUCGGGUAACUACCAGUGUUCUCCAGUCUGCUGUGCACCGAUGAAAAUUAUUUUGCCAUGGAGGGCAGAUAAUGCAUGGCUGAUCUCCUAUGUUACCAAUGGCUUUACUAGCAAAAAUACCCUAAACUAGAGUGGAAACAUUACAAUUGGAGUUCUCCAUGUGACUUAAAAGGCACUUGGAGGAACAUGGACAGACUCCAGCAGCUGCCAUUACAGGACGCUUUUGCCAGAAACCCAAUGACCUUAAGAGAACCCUGUGGUAUCAGGGCUGGAAAAGAAAGAUGGUUUACAGAGUUGACCGCCUGUUACCGGAUGGCCAUUUCAGUUUUACCUCCACAGGCGGCAGACUUUACCCCCUUUUUAUUAUUCUACUGUAACUAUAAAUCUUUUACUUGGUUUAAGAAAGUUUUUUGUAUCAUUUUGCUAAAAUUAUUGGCUUAAUUCUCUGUAAAGAACUCUUGCUUUUGUCUGAUUUAAAAAUGUAGAAUAUAAACAAACCUAAACUAAAGGCAAUGGCUUGAAAUUUCUUGUUUAAAAAAAUUAGUCUGGCAGGGAACAUGUAAAUGAAUCAAAACCAUCUGACUUUAUUUAAAAUGUUUACUUAUUUGUAUGGUCCCAUAUUGACUGAGACGGUUUUCUCAUGAAAUUUUUAAAACUUAGGAUUUUCCUUUGCUGUUUGCUGUCUUCAUUCACACUUAACAUUUAACUUUCUGUGUAACACAAAUUAAUUUUUAAUACUCGUUCUUUUACAUAAAAGAACUAAAUACCCUGCAGGAGAGUCUAAGUAUAGUAGAGAUGGUGAUAAUGGAUUUCUUUUUUUUUUUUUUUUGUAAAGAAUAAGAAGGAUAAAGUGAAAGACUCUGGCAUUUGAGGGAUUUAGAAUUUGAAAGCUUGUCCUAUCUCUCUGCUUAGUUUGGGUAAAUGGAUAGUUUCAAACAUUGUUUUUAUUGGUAAAAUUUUGUUUCCUGCACUCUGAGGCUGGUUAGCUUGGAGGGUGUUGCAAGUGGAAAAUACACGUUGCUACUGAGUCUUCAGUGAAUUUGCACGUUUCAUUCAGCAUCUACAUGUUUAAAAAUAAAUAAAUAAAUUGAUUCAGGCCUUCUGUUUCAUGCCAAGACUCAAAAAAGGAAUUAUUAAAAAAAACAAACAAACAAACACCAAAAAACCAAAACUAUUCUUGCUGUGAAAUCCUGAGAAUUUUUACAGUUCAGGUGCAUACCAUAUUUAAUUCUUAACUGUAUUCAACCUGAGUAUGCCCAGAAUCAUUAGCUAGGAAUGAAUGACUCAGCAUGCUUAGGUUGUCCAAAAAAACUGUUGCAGGUGUUGUUAGCACCUGUUGGUUACAGAAUAUGGGAGAUUCUUCACAUUGCUGUUACUGUAAAUGGUCUCGUAAAAUAAAAGUAGGUAUUCUGUCCUCACAGUACUUGGAACGGUAUCAGAAGUACUGUUUAUACUAGUGUGACUGAAAUAAUGGGAAGUUCCACGCUGGAAAUGAAAGUGUAUACAGAGAUUUUGUUUGAACAGUUAGGUAUUUUGAGAAAUUCUUCCCUGCUUGAAAACAUUUUUUUUUAAAGGCCUAUUGGUCUUCAAAGCUUUAUGAAGAGUAAUUUUUGUUGUUUCACUGCUUACAAAUUCUUUUUUGCCCCUCUCAAAAGUCCACAUAUUAAGUAUUAGUCACUCUUCUUUGGAUGUUUUCAGAACAUUAGCUACUUGCUUGUGUGUACUCUGAGUCUGACUGGGGAAAACUGUGUUUGGGGAGAGUAUAGUGGAAAAGCUUAAGAGUUUGAUCCAUGGAUAAUUUUGCAUAGGAGAAUUAUUUCCUGAGUUACUAUAAACUUCAGUAUUUUAGGCAUGUGCACUACCAUUUGAAGAGUUUUACACUUCACUGUGCUUUCCUUGUAAAUAUCUAUGGUUAAUAAUGUACUGUUAGAGGGACUUAUAAAGGCAGCCUCUUUAUUCUCUCUGUAUCUGGAACAUUAGAUUGCUGUACUAUACUUAAAAGUUGACUGCAGACUUCUAGAAUUGUACUCACUUGUGGGCAGUUUUUGUCCUUCAUAAUAGUUAAAUUCCAUCAUGCAGAAAAUAGUUAGACUGUCUAUAUAAACCUGUGUAUUGGAAACCAGUAUCUCAGAGCACUUCAUUUGUACUACCACUGUAUUUGUGUACCUUAACAAUUGUGUAAAUACAUUCAUAAUAACUUCUUCUUUGGUGUAACUUACUUACAAUGAAUCCUUACUCUUUACUUGGUGUAACUUCCUGCUUUCUUCUUCUUUUUUUUUUUUUUUUUUUUUUUUAAUAAGGGGUUUCUGUACCUACAAAGAGCAUUGUCAGUUGCAAACAUUUGAAGACAUGGUACUAAAACUGUAACUGAAGGAUUUUCAUAGUCAGGGUCAGAAUGCAGCAGUUAGGGUAUACAGGAAGAAAGAGAAGGCAUUCAUUUGCUUUGCUCACAGAAGGCAUGUCUUUAAAGAGACAAAAGGUAAAUGUUUUUGUUUGGAUAUUGCUUUUUGUCCGGAAGCCUUUUUUACAAACGCUGUCUCUUAUCAAGUAAUACAUUGUAUUGAUAGGAAGUAUGGGAAGAUAAUUGCUUUUGAGACUUGAUUAGUUAUGGGAGCUAGGAUAAAAGCAAGAACAAUACUGAGCUCUACCCACAAUGCCCUGUAUAAUAGAGGUCCUGGCUUUUGCUAUGUAAUUCUCAAAAGUCUAUUCAUAAUUGGAGGGCAAAUGCACCUUCAAGAAUCCUCUGUGUUUCUGAUUAGUAGGCCUUUAAAAGUUGGAAGGAUAUUUAAUUUAUCCUCACAGUUUUCACUUAGAACUGCCUAUGUGCUUUUAUGUGGAGAAUACCACCUGUGCUGCUGUUUUACAUAAUCUUGAUGAUUACAGAGUCCCUGAAUUCUUUGUGGUACAAGUACCUUGAAAACAAUUGAAAAUAAAUCCUACGCUUUUAAGAGAGAUAAUAAGUAAAAGCAUAUAUUCCAUGGUAACUUCAUGAAAGUACUCAAAAUCUCCCUUGGAGGAAAGCAUGUAGAACUCGGAGGCAUCUCAUCCUUCAUACUCCAGUGAAAAAUAUCAUAAGCACAACUAUUUGUUGUCUUUGUUUUCCCAUGUUCCAGACCUGUGAGUGGCAGCUCCUCCAUAAAAUCUGUCAAAGGCAACACUCAGAAAUUUAAUUUCCUGACAAGAAUCUUUACAAUGAAUUUACAGACUGUAAGCAGAUCAUUGGCUAAAGUGUACAUGUUCAUUUCAAGAACAUUCAUUUUCUCUUUGUAAAAGAAUAAAAAGGUAUUUAUUUUGUUCUUUAACUUUUGCUUUACAAAAGCAGCACUUCAUGUGUACAAAAUACUAAGUGAAAACAAACAACGCUGCUGGUUUUUUAAUAGUGCUGAGCCAUCUGGUCAGAAAUCUAGAUUUAAUCCAGUUGUGAGGAAGUGUAAUCCACCAUUAACUUAAUCCUACAGCAAAAUAGCUUCUAAAAUUCACUGGAUGAGACAGGUUAAUAAUAAAAAGGGUUUGCUGUUAAAGAAUGCAGUACUUCAUUAUUAAAAACAGUACACUUCCCUCGGGUUCAUUCAGAUGACAAUUAUUGGUAUUACAUGUGUAUGUCUAGAUUUAAGUGAUUGUAUGAACCUGAAUUGUAUGGACUAUUUGCAUCGUUCAGUAGUUUUGUACCAGGAGAGUGCUCAGAGGCCUGAUCUUCAAUAAAAAUCUGUUUCACAGCAAAAUCCUA